AGCUGCCUUGAGCCGGAUUUUGUCCGAUCACAGAGGCCUUUCUUUAGGUGUAUUCUCUUAGAAACGCGAGAGGCAGAGGAACCGAAAUCGCAAAGUUUACAAUUCUUUCAAAAUUUUGUAACUGUACCAUUUGCAUCGCGACAGGACAACUUUUCUGAGCUUUUCUAAGCUUGUUUCCAUUGCGGGUUCAUCGUCUACACAAUCAGUUUUCUCUCACAAAAGCGUGUCUGUAGCAGAUCCGUCACUACUGUAAUUACAGCGGACCGUACAAGUUUGUCGGGCUUGUGUUUGCAUGAACUACCGAGCGGAUUAGACAGAAAUGCUGUAAGAACAAGAAAAAAUAGUACAGAUUUACAAUGGAGUGGAUUUUUCUAAGAAUUCUUGUAGUAUUCUGUAUUUUGAGGACGGUCUGUUAUGCCGCAAACAGUGAUUUUACCACAAGAUCCUGUCAGUUACCAGAAUUUACUGGAAAGGGCUAUGUAGCGUUUACUGGAGAAAUAACGAGACUGUUUCUUGAGAAAAACAACCACAUAACAGCUCGAGUUUCUGUGCGAAAUGUGUUUCGGAGGGACGCACAGUUAGGCAGCGUUACCGUUAUAAAUGCCAUUGAAAGAGCGUCAUCUUGUAAUCACCGACAUAAACUGGAGGACGUUAGAUUAUGGGUUGCUAAACGACACUCCAGCGGAUUUUUGACCGCAGUUGCGUCUUUGCCUGUCACGAUGAAUCUGAUCGACGAAGUCCUCAGAGCACUCCCAGAUGAUUCUUUCAACCACGGAGGCGCGUUUUUAGCUUUCCAACAAGGGAUACAACCAUGCAACGAGAGUAACUGUCGAUAUGGGGGAGUGUGCGUCGCAAAUUCCAGCGGGCGUUCGCAGUGUCAGUGUAGAGUAUACUGCACAAAACAGUAUGAUCCAGUUUGUGGAACUGAUGGUGAGACGUACAAUAACCCUUGCCUUAUGAGAGCGGCUAGCUGUCAGUAUCAGAAGGACAUCACGCGACUUCGUUACGGGAAGUGUGGUGCUACGAGUUGUCUAGGUUUGAGAAACGCCGGUGCCUCUGCUAGAGAUGGCGAAUAUCUCAUAUAUGUACGCUCAAAGUGUAGCACGCCAAUGAAAGUCUAUUGUCACGGUAUGAAUACUACUACUCCAAAGGAAUUUGUCACGCUGCCAGCCGGAGUUCAGAACAAUUACGCCUAUAUUUACGCCAAAAGACUGCCCCGCAGACCUUACUCAGCAAGGUAUCGAUGUUCAGGAAAACCAGGAGCGCUGAAUUACAGCGAAGCCGGAUUGACGAAGUUCCGCAAGGUUCGCGUGGAUGUCACGAGAAUGGCGAUCAUCCCUGACGAUUACACGUUUGCUAAGUCGGAUCCUUUCGGAAAGAAUAUCGCAUACGGAACGGCAGGCGACUGUUUCUCAAUGCAUUAUUGUGGUACUUGUAGAAGGGGACACUUUAAAAUUGACCUUACUCGUACCGGCCUACGCUUGAAGUCGUCGACGGAGUGGCAGGCCCUCGGCUUCCCUCCAGGAAUAGAAAUGCAAGAGUACAAAAAAUCCAAGGAUGGUACAAUGGUGUCUGCCAAGUGUGGAGGAUGGUGCGGACGGUGUAGACCUAAUGGAGAAAUGUUGCUGGAGCAGACUGUCUGUAAGCAAGAAGAAAAUCCCUGCCAGUCUAUUGUAUGUGAAUUCUACUCUAUUUGCCGCCGAUCCGUAGAUGGUUACAGCCAUGUGUGUGAGUGUCCUUCAAACUGUUCCAAGGGGAAUUCACCUGUCUGUGGAAGUGAUGGAAAGACCUACGAAAAUGAGUGUGAACUUCAAAGGGAAUCUUGCACAAGGAGAGUGACGAUCAAAGUGAAGAGCAUGGCAGCAUGUGGAGUAAAACAACCUGUUCAUCUUAUGUUUGGCAUUGAUGCUGCAACUAUGAAAGAGCCCAAGUAUGUCCUGAAAAUUAAAGAGUUCUACAAGGAACUUGGAAACAGAUUCCGCAUCCCUGAACAAGGAAUAGCACAUGGAUUUUUGAAGUUUGAUUUAAGUGGCACAGCAAAGAUGGAUUUUGUAACAUUUUACAAUUAUGUUGCUUUACCUGCUUAUAUCAGUGCCCUGCAGAGCACUGAUAGAAAGACAUCACUUGAUCAGGCAAUGAGAGAUUCUGUUCCUGGCCUUUUGUACAGUGUGGAGUAUGACAGCCGGCUGAGAUAUAGUCAGUUCCCCAAGGCUGUUGUACUGAUAACAGAUGGAAGUAGUGUGACUUCUUCUCAAGGCCUUAUAGAUAUGUCCAAUGCAUUAAAAGAUGCAGGAAUAAAAGUAGUAGUGCUUCUAGUCGGAGACGAAGAUCAUGGAUUAGACAAUGUGAAACCCAUUGCUUCAGGAGAGGAUUUUAUUUUGACUGUGGGGUCACUUAGUCGGUUGAGAGUGAUGUUACAACCAACAGUGAACAAGAUAUUACAAGAUCUUGACGACUGUCGCUGGAAACGUUGUCAUUUCUACUCAAAGUGUGUCAAAGGUGAUGUGGCAAAGUGCGAGUGCAACCUGGUGCCUAGUAAUGUCAACAGCCCAGUCUGUGGCUCGGAUGGUAAGACGUACAAAAACUUGGUGGCCCUGCAACUGGCGGCUUGUCAAGAGCAAAAGUGGAUCGUGCCGAGACAUACAGGAAGAUGUGCUACUGACCCGAGUUGUGAUGAGCUGGAUUGUAAAUACUACUCGUACUGUUUGGUGCCGCCAUCUGGAAUAGCCACGUGCACCUGUCCUGACCCAAAUGCCUGCGGUGAUUCGAAGAACCGAGUGUGUGGCACGGACGGUUUGUCGUACGAUAACAUCUGUCAGCUGACUGCAGCUGCCUGCAAGAGAUAUCACGAGGUCAGAGUGCGGCAUGGUGGACUGUGUAUACAACAACCAGUGGAUCUUGUCUUUGCUCUGGGAGGAGCAGGCUCCAUCACCUCGGGCACUUUCCAGAAACAGAAGGACUUUGUUAAGCAGUUCCUGGAUACAUAUGGUACCUCUGCUCCUGGUGUACAUGUGGCCAUUAUUGACUACGCCACAGGCCAAAUACUGGCCGACUUUCAGAACUUCGACACAGACAACCUGAAAGACAAGGUCGACAGGCUGCGAUUGACACGCGGGGGACGAGUUCAAAGUGCUUUAACGGGCGCAAAUAACCAGUUUUUUAAGAAUCCUAAGCUGAUUAGAUCUUAUGCAAUUAAAGCACUGAUUGUUUUGACUGGAGAGAGAACUAAUGAAAGAGACGUAACGUUGCGUAAUGCAGCGUCACCUUUGAAAAACCAAGGGAUUAAGUUUGUAGCAGUGGCCGUCGGCGAGAACCCCGAUAAAAGGAAGCUGUUGAUCUUUGCUUCUGGAGAAGAAUAUAUUUUUGAUUUCGACGACAAUAAAGAACUGCCAGCAUUGGUGCCAAAAGUAUAUGAAGUGAUUAUAAAAGAUCCGUGCGAGAACAAGGUAUGCCAGCACUAUGCUCAGUGUGUUUCGUAUGCAGAUGGCAGGACCCAGUGCGCGUGCGAUGAAAAGUGCGCCAAAAUUGAAGAUCCUGUAUGUGGAACUGAUGGUCAGGAUUAUGCUAACGAGUGUGUUUUGAAGGCGACAGCUUGUCGCCAGAGCAAAGCUGUGGCAGUGGCUGACAAGAGACCUUGCGGAGCCUGUGUUCACGCUAUGGACAUCGGUGUAGUUUUGGAUUCCUCUCGAAGUGUUGGUUGGACAAAUUACGAGACCCUCAAACGCUCCCUUGCCAAACUGAUCGACUACUUCCACGUUUCUAAAGACGGCACUCACUUUGGCCUUCUUCACUACAAUCAGGACGCGUUCAUGGACUUCGAUUUUGCCAAUUCUGCCUUGCAUAACCCGCAGCCGCUGAAGGAGAAGAUCUUGUCAGUAAAAUACGAUCCUGGGCGUACGCGCACAGACAAAGCAAUCAAGAUGGCAAACGAGAGACUGUUUACAGAAGAAGGCGGAGCGAGAAAGGGCGUGCCCAAGCUUCUGAUUGUGAUCACAGAUGGAAAAACCAGUGAUGAUUCAGCUCCCUACUCGACAGUUUUGGCUCCAUUAAAGACCAAAGGAGUGCAGGUUAUGGCUGUUGGUGUAGGGGCUGGAGCUGAUGAGAGUGAACUGCGGACUAUUGCCAUGGGGAAUUCUGCAAACGUUCUGAAGAUGGGUUCAUUUGGACAGCUUGUCGGAAGUUUGAGAACAGUAACCGAGAAUUUAUGUCAAGGCAUUGAACCUUUGAACUUAGUGUUUGCCAUCAAUGCAAACGGACAAAAUUCUAAGAAUUACUUCGGCCUCAUGACCGACACAAUCAACUCAAUCAUCGACUCUUACGGACAGCGAAAAAUCAGAUAUGGUCUCAUUGUCUAUGGCAGCAAAGCGGUGCCGCGAAUCCAAUUGACAGAGAUCUUUAAUAGCAAAGAGCAACUAAAAAACUACGUGAAAAUGGUACAGCGGAGUCAAGGUGGGGCUGACUUAGCAGCCGCUCUCGAGAGCGCAAAGGUCAUGUUUAGCGGUGAGAUACCGGAACGUCGCAAUGUGUUGGUGGUUCUGACCGAUAGCAAAGCGACAGGGGACAGAGCCAAAAUUCAACCACUUGCAGAUGAAUUGCAUGAGAUGCGGGUCAAGGUUAUAACUGUGGCUAUGGGGAAGGAGUCAGACAAGAGUGAAUUACGGCCUUUAUCGCCCAUGAAAGAUAACAGUCUUAAGGAAGACCCCAAAGAGAGCCCUAAACAACUUGGUAACAGGAUCAUGAUAGAAGCUAUUAAAGAAAUGAAGUAUGUGCCUUUGGUGGACCUUGGCUUCGCUUUGAGUGUCUCUUCUUCAGAUGCCAGUAAGAACUUCGACAAGAUGAAAUCCGUCAUCGAUUCCAUUAUUGACCAGUACAGCAUCAUCCGAAUCAGAUAUGCGGUGGAAGUGUUUGGUAACGACACCAAUACUGCCCUUGAAUUUCAUCAGAGUUUUACCAAAGGAAAUGAUUUGAAACGGUAUCUUACUACAGUCAUCCCUGUUUCCGGGGGGUCACGUUUAGACAUAGGACUAAAGGAGGGGGGAGACCUGUUUGAAUCGGAAGGCACUCGUCCAAAUGCACACAAAGUCCUUGUCGUUAUCACCGACAAAAAAUCGACAGGAGAUGAUCAGGCAGCAGAAACCGCCGCUAAAGAACUUCUAGAGCAGGGUAUCAAAGUCAUUGCCAUCGGGUUGGGCAGCGAAAGCGACAUAACGGAGCUUAAGUAUAUAGCAACAGAUGUACGCCAUGUUAUCCCGGCCAAGAUCACGGAUGACUCAGAUGAAUUGAGUAUGGAGGUCAUGACUCUUGCUUUCAAAGAAAUCCCAAAUGUACCGACCUUGGACGUGGCCUUCGCCAUAAGCGCCACAGCCAUGGAUGCAGAUACUAACUUCAAACUGAUGAAAGACACCAUCACAGCCUUUGCUGAUAUGUACGGCAUGUCAAAGAUUAACUAUGCAGUCGUGGCUUACGGCGAAAAACCAACCAAGUGGUUUGACUUUCAAAGCCAACCAUCCGAUUUUGAUGCUCUCAAGCGGAUAGUUGUCGCAAUCACCCGAGAGACAGGGAUAGUGGCAUUGGACAAGAGCUUAGAAGAAGCAAGGAGACUUUUUGAUGCAGCCAGACCGCAGGCUCGCAAGGUCCUGGUUGUAAUCACGGACAGAAAAUCUGGCUCAACAGUUGGUGACAUCAGGACAGCAGCCCAGCCCCUGAAGCAUAUUGGGGUAACAGUGAUUCCGGUGGCGAUCGGUGCAGAUGCCGAUACGAAAGAAUUGGAAAUUAUAACUCCUGACAAAGAAAACAUCAUACAGCCAAAAGAUGGAACCUCGGCGACUGAAUUGGCCAGGAUGAUCAUGGAGAUGAUCCGCACAGUUCAAGCUAUUCCUGAGGUUGAUCUUGGUUUUGCGCUGAGUGCAGCCAGUACACUCUAUAACGAAACAUUUCAGCUGAUGAAGGAUGUCAUAAACUACAUCAUCGUCACCUAUGGCACCCAGAAAAUACACUAUAGCGUCAUUGUGUACAGUGACACUGCAUCAAUAGAAAUCAAGUUUGGGCAGACACCUCCGUCUCCACAGCAACUCAAGACUGCAAUAGAAAACCUCGAUAUUGGCUCAGGGACACCAGACUUAGCAGCCGCGCUGGAGAAAGCGGCAGAGAUGUUUGAUGACGAUACAAGGAGACCUUUAACUCGUAAAGUUCUCGUGAUUAUGGCAGAUAGUAUUUCUGGGUCUGCUGUCGAUGACGUUAAAGCAGCAGUCAAGCCUCUUGUGGAUAUGGAUGUUUUGAUUAUACCUGUUGUGGUCGGUGAGGAAGGAGAUCCUGAUGAGCUUGAUAACACGACACCUGACAAGAGGAAUGUUAUUGAGACUGGAAAAGAAAUGGAUCCUGAGGUGAUAGGAGAGAAGAUCAUGGACAAGAUUCGAGAUGGGCCUUCAGUCUCAGAGGUUGACCUCGCCUUCGCUAUUAGCGCCACCGCAUCAGACGCGGAUGAGACAUUCAGGCGUAUCAAAGAAACAACAAAGUAUAUUGUGAAUAAAUAUGGAACGGACAAGAUUCAUCAUGGUCUGUUGGUGUUCGGCAAUGUACCCAGCCGUACAAGGGACUUCAGGCGAGAGGCCCUCACCAGAGAAGAAAUGAUACAACUUCUAGAUUCUGUACCAAGGAGUUCAACAGGGCCUGACCUUCAGAAAGCUUUAGAGGAAUCAGUGAAGUUAUUCGAAGGACAUGGAGCUCGACCAACAGCUCGGAAAAUUCUGGUCGUGAUAAUGGAUAAGAGGUCUGGUGUCGACGAAACAAAGUUGCGCGAGAUUUCGAAUACUUUGUAUUUGCGGUUUAUUGAUGUUAUCCCUGUUGCUAUGGGAAUGGAGGCUGACAAGAGAGAAUUGACAUUGGUUACAUCAGAUAACAGUAGUCUAAUUGAGGUUCGAAAAGUAUUUAAACCAGACAAACUUGGAGAAGCAAUAAUGUGGAAGAUUUUCAAAGUACGCAUUGUACCGGACGUGGACGUGAUUUUUGCUGUGAGCGCCACCGCAAGAAACGCAGCGCAAACUUUGCGCACGAUGAAAGAUACUCUGAAGUAUGUGCUUAAUGUUUAUGGCGUGGGAAGCAUUCGUUAUGCUAUGCUGUCAUUCGGUAGGGAUGCUACUGUCAUGGAAAGAUUCAACAGCGAGGACCCGUCUGUGGAGAAUCUUCUACGACUCGUGCAAAGUUUGCCUGCAAGUCAAGGGCUUCCUGUUUUUGAGCGAGCUCUGAGAACGGCCAAAAAUAUUUUUGAAGGGGCGGAUGUCCGGCCGAAUGCUAUGAAGGUUGUGGUGGUGAUCACUGAUGGUCGUUCUAGGUCCACAGAUGAACAACUUAGGACAGCGGCGAAACCAUUGGAAGAUAAAGGCAUUCACGUCAUAGCUGUUGGUAUUGGAAGUGUGCCAGACUCUAAACAGCUGGAGAAGAUAACUCAGAGGGAGGGUGACGUCAUAACAGGACCUUCGGAUGCCAAUCCAGCCUCUUUGGGAAACAGAAUCAUGGAAAAAGCUUUUGAGCCUGUGUCGGUACCUAUACCAGACAUCGACCUUGUGGUUGCCAUGUGUCCAGUAUCUUCAACCUCAGACCAGACUUUUAAACUCAUGAAGGAUGCUGUGAAAUCCAUGGUGGACAAGUACGGAACUUCUAAAAUCCAUUACGGUAUCGUCCUCUAUGGACGAUCAGCCGAAAGACUCUUUGAAUUUUCAAAUAAGAUGGUGUCUGAAGCUGAUUUGAAGCAGUAUGUCGAUAAUCUGCCCAAACCGAAAGGCGUUCCUCCACUCGCACUUGUCAAAGCCCUGAACGACACCAAAGAGAUGUUUGACGGAGCAGGCGCACGGAAGAAUGCCAAAAAGGUUCUAGUCGUGUUCACAGACAUGAGUUCGGGUGCCGACGAAAAUGCAUUAAGGUCUGCUGCCACUGUUCUAGAAAAUGAAGAAGUAGAAGUCAUCGCCGUAUCCAUUGGAGUGGAAACUGAUCCUCAAGAGUUAGCUUACAUUACACCGCACACAGGGAAUAUCAUUGAUUCACCAACUGAUGAAAAUCCUGACAAGCUUUCAACAGAUAUCCUGAGGCUCAUCUUUACAGAUCCCCCACCGGUCUCAACGGAAAUUGACGUUGCCUUUGUGCUGAGUGCCGACUCCUCAAACAACAGACAGACAUUCAGGUUAAUGAAGGACACAAUAGCCUGGAUAAUCAGCAAAUAUGGAACAGAAAAGUUGCGUUAUGCUUUCAUUGUGCUUGGCGCCAGUGCGAAAACAGAACUCGACUUUGAUAGUAGCGCCAGAACUCCAAAUAAACUCAUAGAAUUUGUUAAGCUUCUUCGUAUGCAACCUGGAAGAUCCAACGUCAUUGGGGCUCUGGAGAAGGCCGAAGAAGUGUUUGACUCUGAGAAUGCAAGACCAAAUGCAUGCAAAGUGGUGGUGAUAAUGACUGACAAAGCGUUUGGAAGCAGCUCACCUGAGAUCAGUAAAGCUGCCACACCUCUUGAUGCGGAAGGAAUAAAAGUUGUUCCUGUAGCUGUGGGGUAUGAAGACGACUCAUCCCAAUUGGAGAUGACUAAUCCAGAUAGUCUUGUCAUCGAGGUACCCCGGUCUGUAAAACCAAAAAUAUUAGGAAAACGACUUAUGGAACACGUUACCAGAUGCAAGUUCCCGCCAGUUGAUAUUGCCUUUGCUCUCAGUGCUACAGGAUUAUCAAAAGAGAAAAUUUUCAAACUCAUGAAGGAUACACUGAAGAGUGUUGCUGACAAGUACGGUACAGGCAGCUUAAGAUACAGCUUCAUUGUAUUCUCGAACACGUCCAAUCUCAUUGUACGAUUCAGCGAAAAGUAUUCCACCAUCGACGAACUGAAGGCCUCUGUCGAAGCUUUGCCCUCCGCCACGGGAGGGGUAUCUUUCCUAGAGGUCAUCGAAUCUGCCAAGGAGGCAUUCAGAGACAGUGGCGUUCGUAAGGGUGCUACUCAUGUCCUUGUCAUUUUGACGGACGGAACGUCUGGUGAAGAUGAAGUGGAGAUAGGAGAAAAAGCAGUGUAUUUGGAAGAGUCUGAAAUCAUUGUUAUUCCUGUUGGUGUCGGAGAUGAAGUUGACAGUAACGAGUUGGGCGUCCUUACGAGCAAAGAGGAAAAUGUGAUUCUUAUUGAUGAAGAUGAACAACCUAAACGUUUGAUGGAAUUGAUUAUCGCGAGAGUUCUUGAAUCACUAAGACCACCACCUGUUGAUCUUGCGUUCGCUUUGAGCGCAACCUCUUUCCAGUCGAACGCUUCCUAUCCACUGAUGAAGGAAGUGAUAAAUUCUAUCAUACAACAAUAUGGCACAAAGGACAUCCAUUUCAGCUUUAUCAUCUACGGCUCUGAGGCAUCUACCAAGUAUAGCUUCACGAGAGAGCCAGAGGAUCCCGACGAUUUACGAAGAUUCGUAACAGAUAUGCCGGACAUCACUCCCCCGACAUCACCUCAUGUUGCCCUUGAAGCAGCUGCUAAAGCUUUCGAGGGAUCUGGCGUGCGUGCCAAUUCUUCCAAGGUACUCGUUUUGAUGACAGACAUAAAGGGGGAUUCAUCCGAGAAAGAGAUUGAGUCAACCUUUGCACCAUUGAAACGACAGAAAGUGAAAGUUAUAGCCGUGGGGAUUGGGUCAGAAGUGGAUACAGAUGAACUGGUUAAUAUUACAGGCGAUAACAACAACGUCAUCACUGUUCCCGUCGAUACAGACAAGACACCUUUGACCAAUGAACUGAUGGAAAUAGUUUUUCGGCCAGGUUUGCCGGAGGUACCUAAAAUUGAUGUUUUGUUCGCCAUAAGUGCAGUAUCGUCCUCAACUGAUGUAGUGUUCCAAUCGACGAAAGAGGCGAUUAUUUCUAUUGUGAAUAAGUACGGUACGGGUAACUUGCAGUAUGGUGUGAUCCUUUUUGGAAGUUAUGCCUCGUCAUUUAUAGACUUGUCCUCCUACUCCACAAGCGAUGAGUUGAAAGACUUGGUCACAAAGCUCCCUAUUUUGAAAGGAGGUCCCGCCUUAGACGAAGCUCUCAAGCGCGCUGGAAAAAUGUUUACAUCGUCAAUUGCGCGCAAAGAUGCACACCAAAUCUUGGUCGUGAUCACAGACAAAAAGGCUUCUUCCAAUCUUAAUAAUGUUAUUUCUGAAGCGAAUAAGCUUCAAGAUUUAGGCGUGACAGUCAUUUCCGUCGGAGUAGGCAGCGAGGUUGAUGAAAACGAACUCCAAGAGAUUACACCUGAUGUGAGCGAUGUCAUCAUAAUUUCCAAAGUUAUUGAUUCCGACGAUCUCAGAAGGAAAGUUAUGGAAAAGAUUUUAAAAGAACGUACCAGGGCACCUGAAGUCGACGUAGUGUUCGCUCUAACAGCUACAACAGGGGACCCCGAUGACGCGUUUCAGCGCAUGAAGGAUGCUGUUAAAAUCGUAACAGACACUUACGGAAUACAUCGGCUCCAAUACAGCCUUAUUGUGUAUGGAAGCCAACCUAGUGAGGAAUUUGAUUUCAAAACUAGUUUUCCCUCUCGAUCAAGCAUUAAAGACUUCGUUGAAAAUUCCCGAAGAGUUUCAAGCCGCCCUGGAACCAAACGGGCCUUGGACAAGGCUUUGCAAAUCAUCAAAGAUUCAAGUUUACGUCCGCCGGUCAAAAAGGUUGUUGUCCUUUUGACAGAUGGUGUCACCGAUCUGAAUCCGUCGGCUGUUGAUGGGGCAGUUCAGGCCAUGGAGAAGAAUGGAAUCCCUGUUUUAAUAUUUGCUUUGGUUAACAAUCCUAAAACUGACUUUGAAGUUUCAAAAACCGUCGACCCAGCAGAUCUCGCUAAAAAGGUUAUGGAGAAGGUCUUUGAUGUUGUGGUGGAACCACCAGAGAUGGAUCUUUGUUUUGCUGUUAGUGCUACAGCUGCCCGUUCUGAGAAGACUUUCAACCUCAUGAAAAAAUCUAUCAUUGAUGUGGUGGACACGUAUGGUAUAGGCAAGGUUCGCUAUAGUGUGGUGUUAUUUGGAUCCGUGGCCAGACUGGUUGUGAGAUUUAGUGAUGGUACUACGGACCCCAUUAGGCUGAAAGGUGCCAUAGAUUCAUUGGUACCAAGUAGUGGAGCCCCGGCGUUAGAUGAGGCGUUGGAACGAACUUUGGAAUCUUUUGGAGAUGGUGAGGACCGUCCGAAUGCCAGAAAGGUCCUUAUUGUCAUGUUGGACAACGAAUCAGGACUGCAGUUGAGUGACAUUGUGUCGAAGGCGAGAGAUUUGGAGAAGAUGAACAUUCGUGUGAUUGCUGUGGGCAUAGGAGACAGCACAAACAAGGAGGAACUGGAAACAAUGGCUUCAGAUAACAGGGAUGUUCUGCCUGUACCAACGUCUAAGCAACCAAGCAUGCUUUCCAAAGAUAUCAUGGUGUUGGUUUUAACAAAUCGUCCUCUGAAUGUUCCGAAGUUAGAUUUGGUGCUUGCCGUCUCAGCGACUGGCACAUAUACAAGUGAAACGUUCCAGUUAAUGACGGAUGCCAUCGACUCACUGCUCCAGAAAUACGACUCAAGUAACAUCCGUUACGGCCUGAUUGUUUACGGUGAUGACGCUUCGAUCGUAGUCCAUCUGAGAAACGCCACUUAUGCUGACCAGGUUCGAGGAGUGUUGAAAACGAUUGAGCAACCGUCGGGUGCAUCGUCCCUCGACAAAGCUCUGGAAGUAGCUGCUGAUAUGUUCACUGAUGCUGGAGAUCGGCAGGGUGCGGACAGGGUCUUGGUGGUCCUGACAGACAAGAGCUCAGGUCUCGACGAAGACGUCGUGGCAGGCAGUGUCAUGCUUCUUGAGCAGAUGGCAGUGAAAAUUAUCCCCGUGGCUGUCGGGGAUGAGGUCAACCUAGUGGAAUUUGUGAUUGUGACCAAUAAGGGCAACAUAAUAGAAUCUGAGAAAGACAAAGAUCCGGAGGAAUUAAGUGAAGAGAUCAUGGAAAGAGUGAUAAAUGGAACCCUAAGGAUACCAGAAACCAACCUGGUUUUUGCAAUCUCCGCCACAGGACUCGAAGCUGAGGAAACAUAUUCUUUUAUAAAAGAUACCAUCAAGUCCAUUAUUGAGAACUAUGGAACGGAGAGACUGGAAUUUAGUGUCAUUGUGUACGGUGAUUAUGCUUCACCACAAGUCCGUUUUGGUGACAUUUUUGAUUCAGAUGCCGAGUUAGUAGAAGCUGUUGGCAGUAUGCCUCGGAUAUCAGGAACCCCUUCACUUGAGAAUGCUUUGGAAGCAGCAGAUGAUCAGUUUAAAAGUCCGUACAUACGAUUCAAUGCAGCUAAGGUGUUAGUUGUCAUCACAGACAAGUCAUCUGGUAAGACCCCUCAAGAUAUUAGAGCAGCGGUUGUGCCUCUAGAAACAGCUGGAGUUCGUGUGAUCGCAGUGUCUGUCGGGACAGAAGUAAACUCUACUAAGGAGAAGGCAGUAUCGACUGAUGGGGAAGUUAUAAAAACUGAUAAUGAAAAAAACCCUAUUCACGUGGGAAAGGAGAUCAUUGACAAAAUCGCCAAGGGUAAAUCUCCAAUUCCUGAACUUGAACUUGGGUUCGCUAUCGCUGCUGGCUCAUUGUAUGCCGACGAAACAUUCAGGCUUAUGAAAGACACAAUUUCAGCGAUCAUCCGUGAAUACGGCUUGGGAAAAAUCAAGUAUGCGCUGGUUGUCUUUGGGGACACUGCAACUAUCAAGAUUCGGUUCAACGGUUUUACUGACGUUAAUAAUCUUCUACGGUUCCUCAGUGCUACUCCCAAAAAACGGAGCGGCGCUGCUGUGGAUGAGGCACUUAAAGAGGCCGAAAAACUGUUCUCGUCGGCCAGUGUACGACCCCAUGCGAGAAAGGUGUUAGUUGUCAUCACAGAUCUACAGUCAGGAAAAUUAACGUCCGACGUUCGCGAGGCAGCAAGACCACUACAAGAUAAGGGAAUCAAAAUUGUGGCUGUAGCAAUCGGUAAAGAAGUUGACCCGAAGGAGUUUGAGAUAUUUACCUCAAGGGAAAACAUAAUUGAGGAGGAAAGAAGCGCAAAACCUGAUGAUCUGAAGGUCGAAAUUAUGUCUGCUGUCUUCAGAGUUUCACCCUCGUUUCCCAAACUGGACCUUGUGUUCGCUGUAAGAGCAAAUUCCGAAGAUGCCGAUGCUACAUUUUCCCUCAUGAAGGCCACAAUCAGAAAAAUCAUGAAUGACUUUAGGUAUGGUGAUGGGAACAUUCAAUAUGGCAUCCUUGUAUAUGGAGCAACUGCAGGGACUACGCUACAACUUGGAGACUCAUCUUUCAAGGACAUCCUAGACCUCCGGAAAUACAUUAAAAACUUACCAAAACGAGCCAGUGAUCCUCAAAUUGACAAAGCACUGCAAGAAGCUUUGAAAAUUUUUCAAGGACCAAAUGCUCGCCGUGAUGCCAAACGAGUGCUUGUUGUUUUGACUGAUAAGAAGUCGACUUCCAGUCCAACGUUGAUCAAGUCAAGUGCACGACUAAUGGAGGAGAACAAAAUCCGAGUGAUCCCAGUGGGUAUUGGAAAUGAAACAGAUCGCAGUGAGUUAAAAAGCAUCACUUUUAACAAGGGAGAUGUUAUAGAAGUAGAUAAAGAAGAGGAGUCUUGGAGAUUGGCUCGAGUAUUGAUAAUCAAGAUUUUAACAGAACCAACAAGAAUAGGAAAACUCGACCUUGCAUUCGCCAUUGGUGCUGCGUCACGAGACGCCAAAAACGUUUUGCAACACAUGAAGGAAAUCAUCAAAAGCAUAGCAGAUAUGUAUGGCACUGACCUCAUCCACUAUGGGGUCAUUACUUAUGACUCGGAGGCUACUAUUGAGCUACGCUUUGGCAACAAAAUGGACUCAGCUGAUAAUCUGAAAGUCUUUAUCGAUUCAUUACGAGCACCAAAUGGUGGGCCUGCCAUCGACAAAGCAUUAGAAGCGGCUAAAGUUCUCUUUGGAGGCGAAGAUGUGCGUUAUGACGCACAAAAAGUUCUCGUGGUGAUGGUGGAUAAGCGAUCCAGUGGCAACGAAGUCACUGCCUCGAAAACAGCGGCGGAGCUCAAAGAGACUGGAGUUAAUAUUAUCACAGUUGCUGUUGGACGCGAAACUGACAAGGGGAACCUGAAAAAUAUCUCGACAACUCCCGAUAACGUGAUCAACACUACUAGCACUGGCAAACCUGAUGAAGUUGGCAAGGAAAUCGUGGAUAAAACAGACCCAUUAAAGGUGACAAAGAUCGAUAUAGGCUUUGCUCUGAGCGCCACGUCCCGUGAUGCAUCAGUGACGAUCAAACUUAUGCAGGAAUCCAUCAAGUCCAUUAUAGACACCUAUGGAACAACCAACCUGCACUACAGUGUUAUGACGUUUGACGAGCGGCCGCAGGUUUUGCUUCGUUUUGCGAACAAACACUCUUCUGAAGAGUUAAAGGAGAUUAUCGAGGAGUCUGUCAUACCCAGUUCUGGUUCGCCAGAUUUAGAGAAGGCACUGAUUGAGGCAAAGAAGCUGUUCGAUGAGGCGGGAGCUAGACCAGACGCUAAGAAAUUCUUGAUAGUGUUCAUGGAUAACAAGUCAAAGAAUAACAGGAUUGUUAUCGUUGACGCAGUUAAACCGAUCAUUCCAGAAUGUUGGGUUAUACCUGCUGGUGUGGGUGAAGAAGUAGAUAAGGAGGAGUUAGAGGUCCUUACUCCUCUGAAGAACACAACAGUAACGGCACCAAAGACAGGAAAUCCCGAUGAAGUGGCAAAGGAAAUUAUUGAUAGAAUAAAGCAAAUUAUCCUCGAACCAACGGUUCCUGAAGUCGACUUGGGUUUUAUCAUAUCUGCUGGUUCGACUGACGCCUCAUCGACGUUGCAACAAAUUAAGGAAAUCAUCAAAUCUUUUAUCAACAAGUAUUCCAUAUACAGACUUCGUUAUGGCAUCAUCUCAGGUGGAAGCUUGCCAGGCAUAGAGCUCGCCUUACCUGACAGCGUAAAGUCAGGCGUAUUACAAAAGGUUGAGGGUCUUCCCAGACCCAAAGGUGCCCCAGACCUGGCCAAGGCGCUGCUUCUUGGCGUAGAGCUUCUUUCUCCCGCUCGUCCAAGCGCUCAAAAAGUCCUGGUAAUAAUCACAGACGUCAAGUCGGGAAGCUCUCCACGGGAGUUAAGGCUUGCAGCACAAGCUGUUGAUAAUGAAGGAAUUCGCGUCUUUGCAGUCACCGUCGGCAAGAAAGUGGAUCGUUCCGAGCUAAUUACCGGAACAGGAUCCGGUAAGAACAUUAUUAAUAGCUCCAAAACUGACGAAGGCGGGGAAGUCAGGGAAAAAAUCAUGAAAAAAAUAAGAGAGGAAAAACCAAUUCAAGAUGUUGACGUAGUGUUUGCCAUCAGUGCGACGGCAAGCGACUCUCGGCGAACUUUCAGUGCAAUGAAAGGAGUGAUGAAGUCCAUCUUUAAUCAGCUUGGUGUUGAAAGCAUCCGGUCAGCGAUAAUUGUGUACGGAGACCGUGCGUCCUUGCGGCUACGCUUUGACGAAGAAAUCACCGACAUAGACGAAUUGAAGCGACGCAUUGACAACUUACCGCGGAACAGAGGAACCCCAGACUUGGAUAAAGCAUUGAAAAUGGCACAGGUUGUAUUUGCAGGAGCUCGGCCAAAUGCCAAGAAAGUGCUUGUGAUCAUUACCGAUGACAAGUCGGAUAGUAAGCCUUGGGUGAUUAUGGCUGGAGGGAGAGCGCUUGAAGAAGAAGGAAUCGAAGUUGUAGCGGUUGGAAUUGGAAAUGAAGUUGAUCGCAAACAACUUAAAACCACUACACCACACAAAGACAACAUCAUCACAGCGGAUAUAGAUGAUAACUCUGAGGACAUUGCAAAUAAGAUUGUAGCGAUUAUGAUAAGAAGUAAGUGA